AUGCCCACCGGCAGCGCCGCUGAUGCCCUGAGUCGCGGGGUCAUCUUCUGGAGUGAUGAUCUGAUCAGGUGGUUGGGCGAACUUGACGCCGUCCUUCCGGCGCUAAACUUCAACGUCAUAAUACAAGACUCCCUCGAGCGCAUGAUACCGGCAGUGGCCAGAGUCUACAGCCUUUUGUUCAAUGAGGUAUCCUGGUCGCUCUUUUACCGCCUCGUUGCCCUGUCCUAUCGGAAGUACCUAGAAUCUGAACCAACAUCCGGCAUUCCUUCGAUAACCAUCACUACCGAAGUUACGCAAUUGUCCCUCCGCUCCAAGUCAAGCCAGAUUUCAGAAGCAAUGAGCGAAGUACCAGCAAUAUUCAUCCACAACACAGAAGAACUCCCAGCUGAGGGCCUGCUCUCGGAACUAAACGAUCUUCACAUUGACGACCGGAAAGAUGCGCGCGGUGACGGGCACCCUGCCAGCCCACAGUACGACAUGAGUUUCAGACAUGCCGACGACUAUGGAAAAAAGUUCCUGGAAGUACCCAAACCCAGUAACUGUGAUUCGGACAGUGAAGCGGCUCGAGCUCAAAGCAGCACGAAGGCUUCGAGCGAGGCCCAAUGCGAAUUGACGGCGACCGAAUCAAUCGACCGCAACGGACAGAAACUGGCUGUCCAGAGUGCGCCACAUCUUUCCGAAUCCGAUCGCAAGACUGACGUCCUCGGUUUGGGAGUCUGGGCUGGAAAAUCACUCACGAAUGAUGUUAAAAAGACCCCCAUUGACUAUCGUGAAUCGCAAAGCCGACGACAAUCCGAAAACGAUCACGGCUCUGCUACAGAAAACCCCAACCAUGCCGUGAACGGCCUGCCCAGUAAGAGGAUUGUGUCGUUAUCUGGUACUUAA